AUGAGAAGCAAGAUAUUUUAUCGGUUUGCUUCUGAAUCAACACUAAGAGAGCUUUCAACAGAACUCCCUGCUUCGGCUGGCGAUAUUCGGAGUCAAUUGAAGAAAAUCGUCUCAAUCCCAUCUUCAUUGGAUUUAGUUGUUUAUGAAUUGAACGAACAGGGGCGGUCGUCGCGUUACGUUUGUUCAGACAAUAUCGUUAUUAAUGAGGGUCAAAAAUUGCUUGUUUCUCGAGUCCCAUACGCGUAUGGAAAGUCUCUCUUGAAGGCAGCUAUAGAGUGUCAGGCCAAAGAGCGUGUAGCUGAAGCAAAAUCAGCCGAAGCCGUGUCUAGCAAAGCUUCUUCAAUAAUUGAUCACACUGGAUUGGAGCCAGUAUCCAGUGAUGAUGAAGACAAUAGCCUUCCUCUGUUGACGUCCCAACGUCAGACAAAUCCAGAGAGAUCAGAAACAGCGUCUUCUCACCCGUCGUCGUCCUCUUCGCUUUCAUCAUCCGAACCCCCAUCCCUGUAUUCCCGUCCAUCAUCCCAGUCCCACCUAACGUCCUCUUCUGUUUCGCACCCUAUUGAAGGAGUUCAUAGCAAGGAGGGGGCAUUUGAUCCCGCUGUUGACUUUGACGAGGAUGAUGAUGACGAAGAGACUGAACAAGAACAGUUGAAAAUUCGUAAAAUUAUGUUGGAACAACAAUCGAAUGAGGUCACAAGUUCUAGAUCUGACCAUCACCGUCCCAGAGACAGUCUAGCAAGCCGGUAUCACCGUAACCGUAAUCUUACUUGGUCGAAGGACUCGGAGAAGGAAUCGUAUUCUCAGCAGCCUCGUCUUUUUAGCAAUGGGAGACAGUUUGAAAUGAAACGAGGAACCGGACCACCAAAUGCCAUAGUUCCCGUUCAUGCGAAUUAUGUUUGUCAUAUUUGUGGUGAAAAAGGUCACCAUAUCCGCAAUUGUCCGAAGGGAAAUGAUCCAAAAAGGCAGAAGAAAGUAAAACCAUCAACUGGCUUGCCACGCAGCUGGUUACAAAGGAUCUCCGAGGAUGAGAUUGCCCAAUGCAAAUGUGAUGUCUACAGUUUACCAGAUGGAACCUUUGCCAUUCUCAAGCCCACCGCGACUGCCGCAAGCGCCUCCAUUGCCCAACCCGUCGAGUCCAAGGUGCAUCAGCGUUUUGGUGAUGCAAGCGCUGCGAUAGCAGGCCACCUCAGGUGUCCGUUGUGUUCUCUGUUAUUCAACGAUGCUGUAUUGACACCUUGUUGUGGUGAGACGUUUUGUAGAAGGUGUUUAUAUUCCAGACUUUCUUCCGCGUCUAAAGACGAAGUUGGUAGAAGUGGACCUGCCUCUCGAGGCAGUGACACUGGUGGUGGUGUUAGUAGUGCUGAUAGGAAUAAUGUUGCUGGUCAAUGUCCCUCAUGCCAAGAGGUUAUACGUAGUGAUGAAUUAGAAUCGAAUAAAGUGAUUCAGGAAUCGGUCGAAGGUGUUCUGAGAGUGGGAAGGUUAACAGAAGCACAAUCCUCAUUUCAAGCAAACAAUAAGGUAGAGAAAAGGCGUGAUGUGGCGAAUCAGUCCGCUGAACAGAAGAUAGUGACGUCUCUGCCUCCUGGAACGAUUCGCGACGUGGGGGCGUUUCCUCCUGGGGUUAGGCCCAUUCCUUUAGGAGGACGUUUAGCUUCACGAAAGCGUCCAUUUUCAUCGACGGGAAUGUCGACUGGGACUGAACAAGCGAAAAAGCAAGCUGUCCGAUAA